AUGGAGCAUUGCAUCGGAAAAUCUGUCUGUUGGGACUGGCACUGGUUCAGUUGGCCUCAUCAUUGGCUGUAUUAUUGCUCCAAUUAUACUUCGAAAUAUGUUUGCAAGGCUGGGUUCCUGGUCCUAUCGCUACUCGUCAUGCUUGGUUUUGUGUUAGAAGCCAGCACUGUGAUGUUUCUUCUUGACAGAUGGUUGUCGGUAGAAUCGUUGUUUAUUCUGGCAUUGGACUUGCUUCAAAUGUUGUUCCCACUUAUCCAUCUGAGUGUUCGAGGUCUGUCAUGCCUUGCAGCCGUUAACCUUUGUUCUGGCCAUAUCUAA